CCUUCUUCCACCUCCCACCCUAUCAGCUCUUCCAUCUUCUGCUAUCCGUGUGUCACUUAAUUUACUAACUCUGCAACCUGUCACGAUCCGUGGGCAGUAUCCGGCAGCCAUCGUCUGGAUUUACUCUUCUCCGCCUGAUCAUCGCUGACGAACAACUAACUGCUCUCAUUUGAUUCGAGUCUAACUCCUGCAACACCUCCCUUUUUAACCGUUCGGCAAGCCAUCGCGUGUCGACAGCAACCUUACCCCUGUCUUUCGUCUGUGCUUCCCCAUUCUUCCCCUCUCUUAAAUCCCCUCUUGUGUUCUCUUCAUAGCUGUGUCGACUCGUCGUAUCGCUGUUGUCAACUCGGUUCGCUGCUAAACAACUGUUGUGGUUGUCCUGCUUUCGAAAGUUUCUUUUUUUUUUUUUUUUUAUGCUCGCACCACGCAUUUUCCGACCGGUGUCCUCACUGGUCCGGCCUUUGAGCUCCUCUGCUACUGCCUACCGCGCUCCCUCCAUUCGUGACAUCACCCCCACCUCAGCCGAGGAAUUUGCUGCGCGUCAGAAGGAGUUCCGCGAGAAUUUGGAGGUAGCUCGCAAAAAGAAAGAACAGCAAGAGAGUCAGUCUGUCGAUGCCUCUGCUUCUGCCUCUGCCUCAUCAUCCCCUGUGUCCCGUGAUCGCUUCCGAGAGGAACAUCAGCUAGAAGUCAAUCAAUUACCUAAGCGCGGUCCGUUGUCUUCGCUUAUCUACGGAACGAAGGAAGGCCAGCAACUCGACAAGGAUAUCGAACGGUCGUUCUCCCAAGUCCUUGCUCGCGGCAAAUACGUCCACUCGAUCGUCUUCCACGAGGUCAAGCCCGAUAGAGUAGACGAAUAUGUUGAUCUGGUAGGGCAGUGGUAUCCCCGCAUGGCCGGCACUGAGGAAAACAAGGUGAAUCUGGUGGGAAGCUGGCGGACGCAAGUGGGGGACAAUGACACUUUUGUCCAUAUCUGGGAAUACCAACGGUACGAGGGCUAUCAUGCGUCCCUCCACAACAUCUCCCGCCAUCCGGAAUUUCCUGAAUUUGACCGCAAGCUGAAGAGCUUGAUCAAGAGCAAGAAGACGUCACUGAUGCAGGAAUUCUCGUUCUGGCCAACGACCCCACCCCGACGACUGGGCGGCCUUUUCGAACUCCGAUCCUACACACUUCACCCCGGUAACCUCUUGGAGUGGGAAUCGCACUGGCGAACGGGCCUCAGGGCCCGGCGCGAAGUCAUGGAGGGAGUCGGUGCCUGGUUUGUUCAGAUUGGCGACUUGAACACUGUGCACCACCUCUGGCAAUUUGCGAACCUCGAAGAACGCAAGAUUUGCCGGGAGCAGUCAUGGGGUAUCGAAGGAUGGGCAGAGACGGUGCACAAGACUGUCCCUCUCAUCCAAAGCAUGCAGAGCCGGAUUCUGAUUCCUAUGCCAUGGAGCCCUGUUGGCUAAGUGCAUUGCACCCCAUAGUCCAGUCGAUUUGCGAUGACAGGUAAGGUCCUCGGGGAGCGCCCAGUGCACGGCAAAUACUCUGCCGAAGGAAACCAAGCAUCAAGGUUGUGGAUGGACCGAGAUCACUGGGGCGCAAAUACACUGCAUGGUUUGGAGAACAGAGUCCGCCGAUCUCUGGGGGACGAAUGUAACGGUUGCUCCAAGUUUCGGGCAUUAUUUACGGAGUACGGAAAGCUUGGUCGCUCCACUAUCCACUAUCGAAUUUCAACUAAAGCAGCCAUAGGACUCUUAGUGUAUCUAACCCGCACUAGCAUUAUCGUCAUUUCGUUUAUCUUUGUAUCUAGAAAUUGAUUUGAGAACAUUUGUUCCGCCAGUCUUUGCCCCAAGUUUCCAUGUGUCACAUUACUUCUUGCCCGAUGGACUUCAUAUGUUGCCUCGGGUUGCUACUAACAUGCUUUCCCUACCCCUCUUUUCUCUGCAAAUGAUGGACGACGAUCACGAAAGUGACCAUGCCCUGUGGGAUGCACAGCGGUCUUGGGAGAUGACCCGGUCCUCC